CAAUACUUUAACCUACGGCUACUCCGCAGUCUUCAAUUUUCAUAACAAAUGUUUUACGACCUGUAUGUUGGUAUUUACACCUGACAGUUGUUUAUUUUAGAAUAUUAAUUAUUAUGUCCCGACAUUAAUAAUGAUUUAUGUGUAUAAAUGGAAUCGGAAAAUAACGAUGGUGGUCUUUUUGACUUGGACAUGGUUCGAUCAUUACACAAAACAGUAAUAGCUUUAAGAACAGCUCUUGCACAUUCUAAGGCAGAACUUGAAUUAGUUAAGAAAUCGUGUCUCACAAUGAGCGAUAAAAAGGUCACUAACCAAACAUCUGAAGAAACUGAUGAAAUUGAAUUAAUAUUCACAACAGAUGAUGCUACAAAUGUAUCUCUUCAUGAAGAUCUUGUUUCUAUUGAUAAUGUAAUUGAAACUGACAUAUCAAAAUGUGGAGCUAACUCUAAAGAAUUCAAAAACUCAAAAUUUCUCAGUCCUCUAAGACCCAUUUUAAAAGACAUUACUCUCAAAACACAAGAGGUUGAAGCUCAAACAGAUAUUACAGCUCUACCAUUACAAUGGCGUUCCGAAGGUUUUUUAAUCAAUCAAAAAAAUGUCUCUCCUAAUACAACUUUACCAUCAAAAUUUAUAGCACCAGUUGAUAAAAAUACACGUAAACAAUGUCUUCGAGUUUCAAAAAAAACUACAGAAUCAAGAAGGGUGAUGUUAUCUGAUAUCAACUUUACUAGUAUGGUACCAGAGCUUUCAAGAAGUGUAGAUCAUUUAUGUAAACAAUCGGGACAAUUAAGCCGAGAACCUUCUAGGUCAAAAUUUCUUAAAAGUCCUGGAUACUUUUCAAUAGGUUCAUCAUCUUCAAAAUAUGAUUUUGGAUCUGUAUUUUCAGUGCAUUCUUCGUGCUAUCGAUGUCAGGUAAGGCCAUCUGUUAUGUCUCUUGAAGCCCGGCAUAAUUAUGGGCCGUGGUCUUCUGUACCAUCUUCCCCUACAAAAUAUAGAAGGUCUGCUAGUGUUCCAUGUGAACCAAGUAAUUCAUUACAAGAUGUAAAAUAUUCAUCUUCAGCAACAUUAAAAGCAGAAGAUGAAGUUCCAAGAAAAAUUAAAAAUAAAGUAUCAUUUAGAGAAUCAAGAAAAGUGCGAAUGUCAAUGCCAGAUUUAAGAAAAGUAGAAGAAGAUUCGACUGAUUCACUAAUUGAAGAAUCUGAAUGUGUUGUGCGUAAUGCUAUUGAUAGUCUAAUUUCUGGAUAUCAUGUAGACAAGAAAGGAAGCAAAAAACAUAGGAGGUAUUCUGAGCCAUAUCACAGUAAUAUAGAAUGCUGCUCUAUACCCAUAACUGGAAAGCCUUACUUGCCAAAGUCCAUAUAUGAUAUCCAACCAAAUGCAUAUGUCAAAGUAAUUACUAGUUUCGGUAGGGUUGUUGGUGCAAGAGUUCGUUACAUAGGUUGUAUUGCUGCAAUGACAGAACCUUAUAUUGGUGUACAAUUUGAUAGAAAAAUUGGAGAUUCAGAUGGAAUGUAUAAUGGAAUAAAAUAUUUUGAAUGUGGAAUAAAUAAUGGACAGUUUAUACCAUUUCAAAAAAUUGUUUUAGCAUGGAGAGAUAUGUAAAUGAAAUAUUUGUAAUACAAUUAUAAUUAUUAGACAAAUUUUAUUAUUAAUCAAAUUGUACUUGGGUUUUGUUGUAAACUAUAAUCAAAAUAAAAUAUAUACACGGUGUGAUUGA